GAAAGUGAGCCGGGAGAGAGCCAGCGGAGGCUCCCCGGGGCAGGAGCAGCGCAGUCGAGAGCCCCGAGCCCCCCGCGCACACACUCGAGCGCACUCGCACCCGCGGGCUCCCCGCCGGCUCGGACUCCUCGCACCCCGCGCCGGUGCCCUUCGCGCCGCUCGCCCCGCGCGCCCGUCCGAGGGGGUUGCCUUCGCGUGCCCGAAGGGGGCUAUGCCAUUUGGACAUGUAAUGGUCAGCACGGGAGCCGAGACUUGCCCACGAUGAAGCUGGCGACAGGACUGUGGGUCUGGGGGAGCCUUCUGGUGGCCGCGAGGACCGUCCAGCCCGGCGCUUCUCAAUCAGUGUGUGCUGGAACCGAGAAUAAACUGAGCUCUCUCUCUGACCUGGAACAGCAGUACCGAGCCUUGCGCAAGUACUAUGAGAACUGCGAGGUAGUCAUGGGCAACUUGGAGAUAACCAGCAUCGAACACAACCGGGACCUCUCUUUCCUGCGGUCUAUUCGAGAAGUCACAGGCUACGUGUUAGUGGCUCUCAAUCAGUUUCCUUACCUGCCUCUGGAAAAUUUACGCAUUAUUCGUGGUACAAAACUUUAUGAGGAUCGAUAUGCCUUGGCAAUAUUUUUAAACUACAGAAAAGAUGGAAAUUUUGGACUUCAAGAACUUGGAUUGAAGAACUUGACAGAAAUCCUAAAUGGUGGUGUUUAUGUAGACCAGAACAAAUUCCUUUGUUAUGCAGAUACAAUUCAUUGGCAAGAUAUUGUUCGGAAUCCUUGGCCUUCCAACUUGACCCUGGUGUCGACCAAUGGUAGCGCAGGAUGUGGUCGUUGCCAUAAGUCCUGUACUGGCCGAUGCUGGGGACCCACAGAAAAUCAUUGUCAAACUUUGACACGGACAGUGUGUGCAGAACAAUGUGAUGGGCGGUGCUACGGACCCUAUGUGAGUGACUGCUGCCAUCGAGAAUGUGCUGGAGGUUGCUCUGGACCCAAGGAUACAGACUGCUUUGCCUGCAUGAAUUUCAAUGACAGUGGAGCGUGUGUUACUCAGUGUCCCCAAACUUUUGUCUACAAUCCAACCACUUUUCAAUUAGAACAUAACUUCAAUGCAAAGUACACAUACGGAGCAUUCUGUGUCAAGAAGUGUCCACAUAACUUUGUAGUCGAUUCCAGUUCUUGUGUACGUGCCUGCCCUAGUUCCAAGAUGGAAGUAGAAGAAAAUGGAAUUAAAAUGUGUAAACCUUGCACAGAUAUUUGCCCAAAAGCUUGUGAUGGCAUUGGGACGGGAUCACUGAUGUCAGCUCAGACUGUGGAUUCCAGUAACAUUGACAAAUUUAUAAACUGCACCAAAAUCAAUGGGAAUUUGAUCUUCCUUGUCACAGGCAUUCAUGGGGAUCCUUAUAAUGCAAUAGAGGCCAUAGACCCAGAGAAAUUGAAUGUCUUUCGGACGGUUCGAGAGAUAACAGGUUUCUUGAACAUACAAUCAUGGCCACCAAACAUGACUGACUUUAGUGUUUUUUCUAACCUGGUCACUAUCGGAGGAAGAGUACUCUAUAGUGGCCUCUCUUUACUUAUCCUCAAGCAACAAGGUAUUACUUCUCUACAGUUCCAAUCUCUGAAGGAAAUCAGCGCAGGAAACAUCUAUAUCACUGACAAUAGCAACUUGUGUUAUUACCAUACCAUAAAUUGGACAACUCUUUUCAGCACCAUCAACCAAAGAAUAGUGAUCCGGGACAAUAGGAAAGCUGAAAACUGUACUGCGGAAGGAAUGGUGUGUAAUCGUCUGUGUUCCAGUGAUGGCUGUUGGGGACCUGGGCCAGACCAGUGCCUGUCAUGUCGCCGUUUCAGCAGGGGACGGACCUGUAUAGAGUCUUGUAAUCUCUAUGACGGUGAAUUUCGGGAGUUUGAGAAUGGUUCCAUCUGUGUGGAAUGUGACCCCCAGUGUGAGAAGAUGGAGGAUGGUCUCCUCACCUGCCAUGGACCGGGACCUGACAACUGUACAAAGUGCUCUCACUUUAAAGAUGGACCAAACUGUGUGGAAAAAUGUCCAGAUGGCUUGCAGGGUACAAAUAGUUUUAUUUUCAAGUAUGCUGACCAGGAUCGGGAAUGCCACCCAUGCCAUCCAAAUUGUACUCAGGGGUGCAUAGGCUCAAGUAUUGAGGACUGCAUUGGCCUGAUGGAUAGGUGUAGCGGUCCCACUAGUCAUGACUGCAUUUACUACCCUUGGACGGGCCAUUCCACUUUACCACAACAUGCUAGAACUCCUCUCAUUGCAGCUGGAGUUAUUGGUGGACUCUUUAUUUUGGUCAUCGUGGGCCUAACAUUUGCAGUUUAUGUUAGAAGGAAGAGCAUCAAAAAGAAAAGAGCAUUGAGGAGAUUCCUGGAAACAGAGCUGGUGGAACCUUUAACUCCCAGCGGCACAGCACCCAAUCAAGCUCAACUUCGAAUUUUGAAAGAAACUGAGCUCAAAAGGGUAAAAGUUCUUGGCUCAGGUGCUUUUGGAACUGUUUAUAAGGGCAUCUGGGUACCUGAAGGAGAAACAGUGAAAAUCCCUGUGGCUAUUAAGAUUCUUAAUGAAACAACGGGUCCCAAAGCCAAUGUGGAAUUCAUGGAUGAAGCACUGAUCAUGGCUAGUAUGGACCAUCCGCACUUAGUCCGGUUGUUAGGUGUGUGUCUGAGCCCAACCAUACAGCUGGUUACACAGCUAAUGCCACACGGUUGCCUAUUGGAUUAUGUCCACGAACACAAGGAUAACAUUGGAUCACAAUUGCUGCUUAAUUGGUGUGUCCAGAUAGCUAAGGGAAUGAUGUAUUUGGAAGAAAGACGACUUGUUCAUCGGGAUUUGGCAGCCCGUAAUGUCUUAGUGAAAUCUCCAAACCAUGUGAAAAUCACGGACUUUGGACUAGCAAGACUUUUGGAAGGAGAUGAAAAAGAGUAUAACGCUGAUGGGGGAAAGAUGCCAAUUAAAUGGAUGGCUCUGGAGUGUAUACAUUAUAGGAAAUUUACCCAUCAGAGUGAUGUUUGGAGCUACGGAGUCACUAUCUGGGAAUUGAUGACCUUUGGAGGAAAACCGUAUGAUGGAAUUCCUACCCGAGAAAUCCCUGAUUUAUUGGAGAAAGGAGAACGUUUGCCCCAGCCUCCAAUUUGCACUAUUGACGUUUACAUGGUCAUGGUCAAAUGUUGGAUGAUUGAUGCUGACAGUAGACCUAAAUUCAAGGAACUAGCCGCUGAAUUUUCAAGGAUGGCUAGAGACCCUCAAAGAUACCUAGUUAUUCAGGGUGAUGAUCGUAUGAAACUUCCGAGUCCAAAUGAUAGCAAGUUUUUUCAAAAUCUUUUGGAUGAAGAGGACUUAGAAGAUAUGAUGGAUGCUGAGGAAUACCUGGUCCCACAGGCUUUUAAUAUCCCACCACCCAUCUAUACUUCCAGAGCAAGAAUUGAUUCAAAUAGGAGUGAAAUUGGACACAGCCCUCCUCCUGCCUACACCCCCAUGUCAGGAAACCAGUUUGUAUACCGAGAUGGGGGCUUUGCUACAGACCAAGGGGUACCUUUGUCCUACCGAGCUACCACCAGCACGAUUCCAGAAGCUCCAGUUGUUCAGGGUGCUUCCGCUGAAAUUUUUGAUGACUCCUGCUGUAACGGAACCCUCCGCAAGUCAGUAACACCCCAUGUGCAAGAGGAUAGCAGCACCCAGAGGUACAGUGCUGACCCCACAGUGUUUGCUCCGGAAAGGAACCCACGAGGAGAGCUGGAUGAAGAAGGUUACAUGACUCCUAUGCGAGACAAACCCAAACAAGAAUACCUGAACCCUGUGGAGGAAAACCCUUUUGUUUCUCGGAGAAAGAACGGAGACCUUCAGGCUUUGGAUAACCCUGAAUAUCACAAUGCUUCGAGUGGUCCAUCCAAGGCAGAGGAUGAGUAUGUGAAUGAGCCACUGUACCUCAACACCUUUGCCAACACCCUGGGCAACGCUGAGUACCUGAAGAACAACAUACUGUCUGUGCCAGAGAAGGUCAAGAAAGCGUUUGACAACCCCGAUUACUGGAACCACAGUCUGCCGCCUCGGAGCACCCUUCAGCACCCAGACUACCUGCAGGAGUAUAGCACAAAAUAUUUUUAUAAGCAAAAUGGACGGAUCCGCCCCCUUGUGGCCGAGAAUCCUGAAUACCUCUCUGAGUUCUCCCUGAAGCCCGGCACUGUGCUGCCUCCCCCUCCCUACAGACACCGAAACACUGUGGUGUAAGCUCAGCAGAGGUGUGAAGGUGGAGAGACAGGC